AUGCUAAAUAUAAAAAAAACAUGCUCGCGGAAGCUUUUUCGAAAUUGUGAACAUAGAAAGAUGAGUAAAAACUUAGAACCAAAUAUAGCCAACACUAUUAAAAUUUCCUCUGUAAAACCCAUUGAUCAGCAAAAGGAUGGUCCAAAAUACGGUCUCUGUCCCGCCUGCGGUGGGCCAAAGACAUCUAGCAAUUGGUGCCCUCCAUGCCAUUCGAAAUUACUCCUUAAAGAAAAUCCAGGGUGGACGAGCGGUGAUAAAAACUUGGAUGACUUUAUUAAACAAACUAUUAUCGACGCACGACGUUCCUAUGAUUAUCUGGAAUGGAUUCCGUAUGAAAAUUUUAAAAAUAUCAAACUAAUUGGUAGGGGCGGAUUUGCGACCGCUUAUUUUGCGACGAGGACUAAUUGUCUGAAGGGCCAUUUUACAUGGGACGCGAAAGAGAAAAAAUAUGUGAGAGAGCACUUUCCGGAUUAUGACAUUGCUCUGAAAUGUUAUCAUGACAGGGAUAACAUUGCUGCAGACUUCCUCAAUGAGGUAAAGACUCACCAUAAAUGUAUGAUGUUACAAGAGAACGGAUUCCUCCAAUGUUACGGAAUUAGCAAAAAUCCGGAAACGGGGCAAUUCAUAAUCGUUUUGGACUAUGCGCCACAUGGUAAUCUUCGACAGUUUUUGAUAGAAAAUCAUAAAAACCUGAAAUGGGUGGAUGGACUAAGCAUGGCGACAAAAAUUGCAAAAGACUUGAAAAUAAUCCACGAAGCAGGACUUAUCCACUGUGAUUUUCACAGUGGAAAUGUGCUAAAGCUAACGAGCAAUCCUCGCGUGUCCGAUUUUGGUUUAUCACGUUUAGAUGAAGAUUAUAUCCCAAAAGAUGGUGUAUAUGGAGUUAUUCCAUAUGUUGCUCCUGAGGUCUUACGUGGAAAAUCAUAUCGAAAACCUUCAGACGUGUAUAGCUUUGGAAUCAUUAUGUGUGAGAUUUCCUCUGGUAAACCAGCAUUCUAUAACGUAUCCCAUGACUUUCAACUCAUACUGCAAAUUUGCAAUGGUCUUCGACCCAAAGCUAGCGCGAGAACGCCAAAAUGUUAUCUUGAUUUAAUGCGGCGAUGCUUGGAUGACAAACCAGAAAAGAGACCCACUGCAGCGGAGAUUUAUGAAACCUGUCUUGCGUGGUAUAAUGAUGCUGAUACUUAUCAACAGUUUUUAAGUGCCGAUAAAAUAAAUACAUCUAGCGACGAGGAUGAGGAUCAGAUAACCUUCACACACGAUAAGGACAUCUAUUCCAGUAGAUUUGUUCCUUACAUUACCACGCAGCAUGAUUUCUGUACCGAUGAUGAUUUCGGCCGUAUUAUCUUAAACAAUUGA